AUGAGCCUACUGAACAAAGGGCUGAACUAUGCGGUACAUAGGAAACCGCGAAUGGACCAGGUAGUCCUGGACGUCGAGACAGCUAUUAGGUCUAGCAAGUUGUCCUCAACCCAAAAGGACUGUGCGAGGGCUGAAGUAGCAGAAGUCUUGAGGAAAGGUAUCAAAGGACACUCGAAUAAGGAUGAGCUUGAUGUGGUGAAAGAGCUCAAAAAGAAACCGGUGUUUUUUGUGAAAGCGGAUAAGGGUAACUCAGUAGUUAUUUUGGAUAAAACUGAUUACAAUCAGUUAAUUCAAAGUAAGAUCGAUGAGGGCCCCUAUCGAAUUCGCAGAGAGGAUCCUUUGCCAGAAAUGGUGAAGGAAGUAGAAAAAACACUAAAAGAGUGUGGGCCCAUUCUGGGGUAUGCUUCCGGCCUCCUUAUGCACAGCUACCAGGUGUUCAUAAUGAUCGUACUGGAUAGCAUGAUUAAGGCCUGUUUAAAUAACUUUUGUUAG